AUCGCUGUACGAGUUGCUUAGCGAGGAGUUGGAACUGGAGAAGGCCUCCGAGGCCAGACUGCCCGGCGAUUUGCGCAUAGUGUAUCGGAUAAGUACCGCCUCAGUUGAGCUCUGAAUGUCGACUAACAGCCGAGAUUCGAUCUCAGCACUCAAAACCUGUUUCAAAUUGAGCUCAGAGUUCGGGUUCGGCAAGCCCCCUACCACUCCACUCAAAUUCCAGCGGGAACCAUCCACUCUCUUUUUUGAUCUCGUUCUCCAUUAGUUAGGGGAAACUCAAAACUAACCAUGGGUUUUCUACCGGUUAUCCGAGGCGCAGUUAACAUCAAUGAUGCGGAUUUUGUACCUAGUUUGUAAUUUGAAAUACCAAACAAUAAGUAUGGACAACGAUAAACCUAAGCAUUCAAGUUCGGAGACAUAGACGAAAUAAUCAAUUACGAAAUAAGGACAUUUUAGAUUACUUACUCAAUUUUAAGUUAUACCAACGAAAUUAGGUUGCUCUAUUAAUAAACCUAUCUCUGUCUGCUGCAUGCUGACUUGCCAAAAAAAUUAGAUUGAACAUUUAAGAGACUUUAAAACAAUGUUGAAGAGUCAUUAAAAGGAUUGUGUUAUCAGAUGUAGAUUACUAAUAUUUAGAAAUGCUCAUGACCACUUACUCUGUAAACGUUAUGGAUGACUACGGCUGUCUUAUAAUAUUUUUACGGGCAAUAACCUACAUAUAUGCUAUAUCUGAAAGGGAAUUGAUACACCGAAUUGCACAUUUCUGUAGCAAGGUCUUUUUGUGGUUAGUAUUUCCUAUCGGCGAUCAACUGAUAAUCUAAGAUUUGUCAAACGGUUUCUUAUCAGUCUUGAAUGGGCUCAGUAAAUCAACGCUUUUCUAUCUACAAACAUUCCCAAGUGCUCGAGUGGUUCAAAAAAGCCGUCUCACUUUAGUUUGUGUGCUGGCCAAAAACAAACCGUUUUGUCUACGCUUGAUCCAGAGCACCGAUCCCUUUGAAGUAUGGUACGAAUCACCAUUUCCCGACGACGAGAUAAUUAUCCGAUAAGGAAAUAGUGCGUGGGCGUGAGGCGGAACGCAUUCUGCCACCGAAAUAGCGAUACGCUGAUAGUCGCGGGCCAUUCAAGGAAAGAUAUUGCCAAAAUUGAUAAGCCGUAUCAUGGCAGUAUUGUAUCGCUGCUACCAAUAAUAUUCGGCUGACCAUUAGCCAGGCUAUUAAUCUAGUCAGUCUUUUUCGGGAAUCCAAGGCGAGUGCUUCGUUUAAGCGGUAAAAAAUACACAAAAUGUUUAAAAAAUUUCGGAAUAACCAGUGAAUACGAAAGUGAUUUAACGCUACAAAUACUAAAAAAGUUACCAGUGAUUAUAUAAUUUCAAUAAGACGCGAUUAUCUGGGCGAUUGCGAAAUCAAAUCAUAUUUAUAACACCAUUUUGCAAGCAAAGCAAGUGCGCAAUAAAGUUAAAAUGUCCCCAAAAUAUUUAUUGGACCUGACUAUAUUGGUAUCCCUACUGAUGGGAAGUAUUGUAAACAUAUCUUCCGAGCAUUCGACUCUCAACAGGAUAGUCACAGAACCAGACUUAUCAACUGCAUCGAACGAGGAGUCCGAUGAAGAUAGUAAGGAAAGAGCUGAUCUCAAGAACCUCAUGCUGGGAUACGAAUCGGAUAAUGGCAAUAGUUGUCUUUUGGAUAUGAUUAAAGACAAAGUGAUAUGGUGGCUGUAUCCCAAUGGAACUCUGAAGGAAUCAACUAAGAAACUCGCAAGCUCAAUGUAUUUGGAUCUAUCGCACGGUAACCUGAAGGAGGACUCAGACUUGUUGCGUGAGGCGAAAUCUGCGAGGAAGUUCUUCAGAUGCAGAAUAGAGGUUUUUUCGGCUGCCUUUAAUACGCUGAGCACUGCUCCGUACAAGACCCUUUAUUCCAUGAAGGAAUCCUUAAAGUUUCUAUCAUUGCGGGGAAACAAGUUUGCUGAUUUGAUACCAGAUGCCGAAGCCUUUGGUCGGUUAAUAAACGAAGCCCGCGCGGACCCAAGUCACACUACACAACACAAAUGCGAAGAAUUACUCGCACAAAAUGCCACCGAUCUGUACGAUCGGGAGUGCUUUCUGUACUUUCAAAACAACCCAAACACACACUCAAUCACGACCGGUCUGAACUAUUCGUACUAUAUUCAGUUAUUGAGAGAUCGGUCUCAUCAUCACGGAAAGACAUCCCAAUCCGUAGCCUGGGCUAGUUUCCCAAAAUUGCCCCGACUUGUGGAGCUGGACAUCAGCAACUGCAGCAUCGAGUACGUGAGCAAGGAGGCGUUUCAGAACGUCAGUAGCCUGCGGAGGCUCUUCAUGUCGGGCAAUAAGAUAAUGACCAUAAACCACGACACGUUCUACCACAUCCAGGGAGUGCAGUAUUUGGACCUGUCCUUCACCAACUUCCUGACCUACAGCUACCAACUGCAGUUGCCCACUCUUGAAAUGGCCUUGAGUCUGAUAUACGGCCUGAAGAUCCAGCAGAAUGUAUUUAAACUCCUUCCGGAACUGAUCUACUUGGACCUAUCUCACUCUAAGAUGACCCGAAACAGUGCGGUGGCCUUCGCCCAUUUGGGGGAUAAGAUGAAAUUUCUAAGUCUGUGCUACACCGCCAUUCCCAUGGUGAGCAGUGCCAUCUUCAAGAACACGGUUCUGGAGGGCCUUGACUUGUCGGGAAAUCCCUAUCUGUCCUACAACAUUAUAGAUGAUGCUUUCGAUAGCAUUUCCGAUACGCUAAAGUAUUUAUAUUUCGAGCGUUCAAACCUGAAGGGUUUGGAGUGGGCCAAGUCGUUGAGGAAGGUUCAAGUGUUGAGUCUGGCGGGUAAUAACAUUAAUUCCCUGACUCCGGCCAUGUUUCAGUCCCUUAAAUCGCUGGAGAUCCUCGAUCUGAGUUCUAACCAUGUGGGCAAUUGGUAUCGCAGUGUUUUUCACAAUAACUCCGCGUUGAAGGUAUUGAACCUGAGGAGUAAUACCAUCAAUAUGCUGUCCGAUGAAAUGCUGAAAGACUUCGAGCAAUUGGAUUACCUAAGUCUGGGGGAAAACAAUUUCAUAUGUGACUGUCAUUUAAGAGCGGUGGUCGAAGUGGCAGCUUUAAACAAUAAGGAAGCGGAAUGCUCCUAUAGCCUGCUGAACUAUACCCAGAAUUCGGUUGGUAAGGAACUACUUACGGCGGCCGAAACACUGAACAUAGAUCGUAAGCUCUGGCAGAGUCGCUUUCUUCCCUGGUUAAAGAAGAGUUACUCCAACAUCAGGGAUUUUAAUCUAGAAAAUCAUAUAAUCAAACUGCGCUUCUCGUCCGACAAUUAUAAGGUGAUCUCCAAGUGCUCCUCAGCCUCCACAUAUCAUAGGGAGGAAUUCGAAGACGAUCUCACCCUAAAGUUCCAGCUGCUCGACUAUGAGGCAAGUCAAUAUUACUGUUUCAAUAACACCGAUCAAGUCCAGGUGGAUGAACUCAUCUGCCAGUUGCGAACAAUGAGUGAGAUUACGGAGGUAUUGCACAGGGUGUCGAACACGGUGAUCGCAGUGGUGGGCAGUAUAAUUGGAGUCUGCAUCCUCGGAUUCAUUAUUUACCUUAAGCGAUGGCACAUUCACUACUAUUAUUCCUCCCUGAAGUCUGCUGCUCUGUUGUCCAGUGCCUCAAAGGAGUCGGUGGAUAACUUUACCCAUAUAUCUAAAAGGGAUCCCAGCGCCGUCUACGAUAUUUUCAUCAGCUACUGCCAAAACGAUCGUCCCUGGGUUCUUAAUGAACUCUUGCCUAACGUUGAGGAAACUGGGGAUGUAUCCAUAUGUCUGCACGAACGAGAUUUUCAGAUUGGAGUGACUAUCCUGGAUAACAUUAUCUCCUGCAUGGACCGUUCGUACUCCCUAAUGCUGAUAAUAUCCUCCAAGUUCCUGCUAAGCCACUGGUGUCAAUUUGAAAUGUAUUUGGCACAACAUAGAAUCUUUGAGGUCAGCAAGGAACAUUUGAUUUUGGUUUUCCUAGAGGAUAUUCCCCGGAGAAAGCGACCAAAAACUCUGCAAUAUCUUAUGGAUGUAAAAACUUAUAUAAAGUGGCCGACUGGCAAAGGAGAUGCGAGUCCUAAAUUGGAGGAGAGAAAAUUGUUUUGGAAACGCUUGAGACGAUCACUUGAGGUCAUAGGCAUUAGUUCCAGAGAGUUCAGUGCAUAAUAAUAAAUACCUAGCAUAAACUAAUUUUAAUUAAAAGAGUUCUAGUCAGAUUUGGAAGUACCUGAAAAAUAAAUAGAACACUUCGUUGAACAUUGAUGAAGAAAAAAUAAACAUAGUUAA